AGGAAGCUCUCGUUCCCUCUCUCUCUCCCUCCCUCUCAUAUGAUCUCUUGCCGUGUAUACGCGGCUGCUUCUCACGAUUCAUUGAAACCCUUGUUUUCCCGCCAAAACUUCCUCCAGCUUUCUGCAUUCCGGAACAUGGCGAGUGGGAAAGGACGAGGUGGGUCCAAUUCCAGAGGGAGACGUUCUCCUUCCUCCGGUCGUUCUCCGCGUUCUUCUCAAUCUGCAUCUGACGAUAAUUCUAUGUCCCAAAAGGAUGAACCAUCUAUUCCUGCUUCCAACAUUAAAGACAAUGGACGCUGUCACAAAGGUGGACGCCAGCAUGAACGAAUGGUGAGAGAGGAAAGCCAAGAUAGUUAUUCUAGUUCCAGAUGUUCUCCUUCUGUAGAAGAUUCCUCAAAUCCUUGCGAAUCUGCAUCUUACGAGGGUCAAAAGGACAAACCAUCUAUUGCUACUUCUGAUGUUAAUGACAAUGGACACUCUCACAUAGGUGGACGGCAGCAUGAACAAAAGGUGGAAGAGGGAAGCCAAGUUAGGGAUUCCAUUUCGAGAGUGAGGGACUCUCUUUCUACACAAGAUUCUCCAAAUUCUGACAAAUUUGGCUCGAUGUCUGUAAGGAUUGGAACUUCACCUACUUCUGAAGAAAACAACUUCACCGAAAAGGGAAUGGAAACUGGUUUUGACAUCUGCCCGAAGAAAACAACUGCUCCAGUGAAACUGAAAUCUUCUCUACUUUUGAAGAACAAAGAAAAGCGAAAGGAACAAGAACAGAUGGACAAAGGUCAUCAGAUCAAGCAAUUGAGGUCUGGAAUGAUUCUUUUAAAGAAUUAUUUAGGCCACAGUGAACAGGUUGAAAUUAUUAAAGAGUGCCACAGGCUCGGUCUUGGUAAAGGAGGGUUCUAUCAACCGGGUUAUAGUGAUGGUGCGAAAUUGCAUCUUCAGAUGAUGUGUCUAGGUAAAGAUUGGGACCCGGAGAACAAGUACAGAAGCAGGCGAUUUGUCGAUGAUGCGGAGCCGCCUAGCAUCCCGGAUGGAUUCAAGACAAUGGUCAAGCGGUCGCUUCAAGAUUCUCAUGAUUUCAUAAAACAAGACUCCAAAGUAAGUUCUGUGGAGGACAUACUUCCCAACAUGAAACCAGACCUCUGCAUCGUCAAUUUCUACACAGACAAAGGGAAGCUUGGUCUCCAUCAGGAUAGAGACGAGAGCCUGGAUAGUCUUCAUAAAAGACUGGCCGUUGUUUCCUUCUCCAUUGGCGACUCGGCCGAGUUCUUGUAUGGAGAUGACAGGUUUGCAGACAAGGCGGAGAAAGUUUUACUGGAAUCAGGAGAUGUUCUUAUAUUUGGAGGUGAGUCAAGGCAUAUAUUUCAUGGGAUUUCAUCCAUUUUGCCCGGGACGGCUCCGAAGCUGCUAGUUGAAGAAACCAAACUCCGUCCUGGACGCCUCAAUCUGACUUUCCGUCAGUACUGACUGCUGAGCGACUGUAUGUAAAUUCCACCUUUGGUUUUUCGUUUUAAUUUCUGGGUCUGUGUGGAUUUUUUUACCCCUUCA